UGUUAUAUCGAGACUCAACGCGUGUGGGAUAAACAACGUGUUUUUGUUGUAAAUGAAAAGUCAUGAACGAAAAACAAAUUGAAGUCAAUAGUGAUUUUAAAAGCAUAGCUGCGUCAUGGUUAGGGGUUGAUCUUGCCGAUCUGAAAACUGAAAAUAGAGCCGAUUUGGAUGACGCCCAAGAGAACACAAGUUUUUUAAACUCGAAAGUAAAGACAAUAUCAUUUCACACAGAGAAGCUUGAUGACAUUCAAACAGUCUUCCCCAAGGCAAAAGUGAAGAAUGGCCUUGAUUCAACAGCCAUGUUUGUCGGCGGCAAGCUUCAGCGAAAAUUACAGAAGGCCAAACGAAGGAAAGAUGAAGCCAAAGAUGGAGAUAGCAUACAUUCUUCGAUUAGGCAAGAGCAGUAUUUUGAUGAAGACAGCAAAGCAUCAGCCAUACAAAGCAAGUCUAAGACGUUAAGCAAACAUCAGAACAUGGAUUUACACAACUCAGAAGAGAACAUACGGAGACUGUUGGCUACAACAAAGGAUAAAAACACAAAGAAGAAAUUGCGUAGGAAGUUAAAAAAACUGCUUAAAAAAAGUUGUGGUUCCAUCAACAGUGAAAAUGAGUCGAAUAUGCCUUCUCAAACGAGUGUGGAAACAUCAACACAGCUGCAGGAACAUGCUGUCACUAACACGUCAAAAAAGAAAAAGAAAAAACCUAGUAGUCCGAUAUCUGAAACUAAUGUUUCAAGAAUUGAAUCUGAAAAUAAUGAUCAGGCUUUAAUAGUGUCCAAUAAAACUUCCACAAAAACAAGCAUAGGAAAGCACUUGAAAAAUGGCAGUAAAAAAACGAAAAAGCAAAAGCAGGGAAGUACAUGUAGAUAAGAAAAAAUAUUCCGAUUCCAUGGAUUUUGAUUCUACAGAUGGACAGAUUUCAUGUAAGGAUAAUGAAAGGAUGGUCAAAACUGCAUCACCGCUUGACAAAAGUUCUUGUCCAACAGAAGAAGGUAUGGGUAAAAAGUUAGAGAAGAUGAAAAAGAAAGUAAACAAUGAAACUAAGGAUGCAUGUUUUGAGACCAAAUUUUUAAAGAUAGAUAAAUAUUUGAUGCAAACCAAAGAUGAAAUAUUAUUUAAACCAGCGAAGAAGAAAAAGGUGACUAUGUUAUCUGACUUGUCUGGAAAGAAAAACCUUAAACAACUGAAGAGAAAGCUAGAUGUAUGUGAUGAUAGAGAUAGUGUUUCUGUUAUCAAAGUCAAGAAAAAUGACAGUCAGACUUCGGAAUUGACCUUGGAUACUGGACACAGUGCUGGUUCAACAGAUAAGUCUAAUGAUGAAGAAGCAAGGAAAGAUCGUCCAUUCAAAAGGAAGCGAAAAAAGAAGCGGAGUAAACAAAAGAACAUAAAGAAAGAUCAUCGACCUGAUCACAUGAAACCACCUCACUUGAGAGCUAAAGCAUCUGAAGCCGUUGCAGUAGAAAGAAAAGAAUAUUAAAACUCAUAAUUAACUUGCCAGGUCUGAUGUACCAUUUUGGGGUGGCAGGCGUGGUGGUUGCUGCCCCAAUAUUUCAGCAAGAAACAAUUUUUUAAAAAGUCUUAAUUUACAUUAAAACAUUUCCCCUUUUUCUACUUGUACAAGUUUAGUGGACAUUGUGUAAAGCAGCAAAUGCUUGUAUGAUGCUGAAACAUAAGCUGCAACAAUUGGAUGCUGUUGAAAAUAUUUUAUCAAAUACAGUGAAACCCCACAAAAAUCAGAGUCUCAGUAAACUGGUUUUUCAUGGUCCCUGUUUACACGCCCGUCUAUGAUGGGUCGUAUUAUGGUGUGACGUUGUCCGACCAUCCAUCUGUUAACAUUUUCUUGUCCGGACCAUAUCUUGCAUACAGGACCAUCAAACUUCACAUGUAGGAACAACUUGGGAUGAUGAUGUGUUGCGUACUAUUACUAGGUCACUGUGACCUACUUUUCAUGGUCUACUG